AAGAGAAUAUGUGACAAUCGUUACAAAAGAAAUCCGAAAUUAAUUAAUUUUAAUCAAAAAAUUAAAUUUUAAAUAAUGUGCAUACCGGAUAGCAAUGAUUCCAGCGCCAUGCGUGCCAAUUGYACCUGUACUCUAAUACGUACACGAAAUGGACGUAACAUUAUCGUUGAUACACUCACCGCCUGGGAUGGAGAACGACUAACCGAAGCCCUUCAACACUUACAUGGGCUCAAGCCAGAGGAUAUACAUGUUGUUGUUUGCACACAUGGUCAUUCCGAUCAUACCGGCUGUAACUAUCUCUUUCGUUCAGCGCAGUGGCACUUUAUGGGCGCUUGUGUCUCCAAUCGUGACAAGUAUUUAGAUUGCCCAUUAACAUGUGGUGAUUCGGAACCUUUUCAAUUGUGUGGGGAUGAUGUGGUCGUGGUACGCACACCCGGCCAUACACUGAAUUGUGUGUCGGUAUUGGUGCGAGGCACUAAUCUGGGGGAAGUUGUAGGUGUUUGUGGCGAUUUAUUCGAGCGUGUCGAGGACAUUAUGGAUCCAACCAUUUGGCUGGAAGCAGGUAGUGAAAAUCCGGAAUCUCAGCGAAUACAACGUUUGCGAAUGAUUGAGAUGUGCAAUUAUAUAAUACCAGGUCAUGGUCAGGGUUUUGCCGUAACAGAAAAUAUGCGAGAACUACUGCGACAACAAGUGAAUUCGAACAAUACUAAAUGAACGCUAACAUUACGAUGCAUAUUUAAAGAUUUUAUUAAAACAAAUGCAUGACRGCUUUAGAUUAUUUAGUUAGAUUUYUUAGUUAUAUUUACAAUAUCCUGGUUGUCAUAUAAAUAGUUUCAGCGAGUACUACUGGAGUCAGUGAACUUUUUUAUAUAUCACGUAUUUUGUUUUACAAUAUGUGAAUAUUAUACAUGCUUACACACGCUUGAUUCCUUUAAAAAUUAUUUUCUUGAUUAUUAUUCAACAGAAAAAAAGAUUUAUUGAUUAUGUCUCAAAUGAUUCAAUGAAUUCGUUGUUUAAGGGCGCAUGAUAUUUUUAGCGAACCAAUUUGUUGGGCUUAUCAUUUCAGUUCACUUGAUCGAACCAACUGAUUAAUGAUCCUUACCAUCUCUUUCAAUGCUACAUCUAACAUAAUAAAUUUAGAUCGCAAUGCAAACCUCAAAUAAUUUUUAUGCCCCAGGAAACCAACKUAUCUAACACUCGUUUUUCCUAUAGUCUGACUCCAUCGAAACAACUCGACAGAUACAAGAUUUCCUCCAAAUAUACUCUAGAUACUCAUUACUAAAACAACUUAUAAGCUAAUCAUGUGAAAAGCGAAAGCCAUUUAAAUGAAAGUCAAAUGGUUAAAUUUAAAAAACAAAUCUUUCAUAUAUUUGCAAUUCUUUUGCUUGUU